AUGUCUGGUUGUGGUAAAGGAGGCAAGUUUAGGACUGGCGGUAAAGUGAAGUCGAAGUCUUCGAGGGCUGGAUUACAGUUUCCUGUUGGUCGAAUUCACCGCAUGUUUCGUCGUGGUCAUUAUGCUGAACGUAUUGGCGCUGGUACACCAGUUUAUUUGGCUGCAGUGCUGGAGUACCUAGCUGCUGAAGUGUUGGAACUGGCUGGAAACGCAGCUCGAGACAACAAGAAGACUAGGAUAAAUCCUCGUCACCUUCAACUGGCUGUUAGGAAUGAUGAGGAGCUAAACAAGCUUUUGCGGGGCGUUACAAUCUCGCAAGGUGGUGUACUGCCGAAUAUUCAGGCUGUGCUGCUACCAAAAAAGAUUGCGGAGAAGGCUUAA